AUGAGCGAAACCCCAAUUGAUUCCCUUGAUAAGAAUAAUUCUUCUUCUAUGACGUAUGUUAGUACCCAAAAAACCCAAUUUACCCCAUCACAAGACAUAGCAAGUGCUGAUAUCAAACAAGGCUUACUAGAAGUUGCCGGCAACAAUGCAGGCAAAAUCUCUCGGGAAGAACUCCUCAAAAUGAUCACUACUAUUGGUGAUAAAUUCACUACAUCCGAUGCUAAUUUAGCUCUGUCCUUAAUUCCUAAGGAAAAUGGUUGGAUUGACAUUGAGCAACUAACCGAUCUUCUAUUCCAAACUCAGAUCGAAUAA